AUGGCCAUUGACAGCCAGCACCGCCUGCUGCUCUUCGGCGCUGCUGCUGCCGUUCGUCUGCCCCUCUUCACCCUCUUCCCCACCCUGCCCGACGUCCUGGCCGGCCGCGUCGAGGUCUCUACCCCGGUGACAAGCUUCAAGCGGCUCCAAGAAGGCCUCUUCCUCUACACGCAUAAUGUAUCGCCCUACGAUGGCGGCGUCUACCACCAGGCGCCCCUCCUGCUGCCGCUCUUUGCCCUGCUGUCCCAUCCCGCCGUAGCCCCUCUUGCGACCUACGUCUUUUUCACCCUUGUCGACCUGCUGAGCGCGCAUUCAUUAGCCCAGCUGGCAGACACGGGCUUCGCCUCGGUCACGCGACUAUUUGCUUCCCCGCGCAAGGACCUGAGGUGGAGUAGUGCUGCCAUUGCAGUUGGUUUCUUAUUCAAUCCCUUUACCGUCGCAACAUGUCUUGCCCGCUCAACCUCAGCCCUGACCAAUCUUUUCGUCCUCACUGCCAUGGCAAAGGCUUCUCGGGGCGCCAGCUUUACAUUCAUUCUGGCCACGGCCUUUGCCUCGUACCUUGCCAUGCAUCCCGUUCUGCUCUUCCCGCCCCUGAUGGUCCUGCUGUACGAUGCAAAAGCCCUCAAGAAAAAGUCGACCCCAAAUAUCCCCACGUUUGUCAUCGUACACACAUUCGGUCUCGCAAUCGCAAUUGGCGCCUUACUGGUUGGCUCUGCUUUCUUGACCGGCUCAUGGGACUUUUUGGCUGCCACGUAUGGUGUGCGUCUUUUGCUACCAGAUCUGACUCCCAAUGUUGGUCUCUGGUGGUACUUUUUCAUUGAAAUGUUUGACUCUUUCCGCGAGUUCUUCCUAGGCGUCUUCUGGCUACAUGCCGCCUCGUACAUGCCAGGCUUGACUAUCCGCCUCCAUAAGCAGCCCUUGUUUGUUGCUUGCUCAUUGACAGGAGUUUUUGCCAUCUUCACCCCAUACCCAAGCAUAGCCGAUGCUGCCUUGUAUCUGUCCUUGGUGCCUAUGUUCCGACAUUUGUUCCCUCUCAUGCGUUACACUUUCCUUGCAUCAGCCAGUAUUCUCUACACAUCAUUCCUUGGCCCUGCAUUCUACCAUCUGUGGGUAUAUGCCGGUUCGGGUAAUGCCAACUUCUUUUAUGCCAUCACCUUGGUCUGGAGUUUGGGCCUUUCCAUCAUCCUGGGUGACUCCUUGUAUGCAGCUCUAAGAGAUGAGCUUGACGUGCAGAGACCGGAGCUUCAAGGCAAAGAGGUUCGCCGAAUAUAA